AUGGCGCCCUUGAUGAAGGAGAGCGGGGGAAGUGGUGGUCGGCGCAAAAGUAUGAAUCUGUUCUCAAGGUCGUCACUCGGGAGUCUAACGCCGAUCAACACGGAUGUCGCAAACGACGAUGGAGGGAAACAUGAUAAGAAGAAGAAUGGAAAGAGGGCAUCUUUGUUUGGUUUAGGACCGUCUUCGAGUUCGGAUCUCGGUCUUGAUGGGACGAUGAGCCCCAUAGGCAGCGAGAGAUCGAAUUCCCCCAAGUUCCGACCUCGAACCCUCCAGAAGAACCGACCCGUCUCGAUAUUUGGCUCCUUGGGCAGACGAUCGAUGAACAACGUAGAUGAGGGGCUGGUGGAGGACUUGGCUACCUCUGUACCCGAUUCCCCCAUCGAUGUGCUUUGGGAAGGUCCUGCAUUGGAGCCGGGUGUCUCGCCCAACAACAACACAGUGCGGCACCAUGGCGAGGUUCAGACAACUAUUGGAUUAUUCAGAAAGAAAAAAGAAUACUUGGUAUUGACAGAUACGCACUUAAUACGGUAUAAAAGCCAGUCUCGAGCCGCCGAAAUCUUUCCUAAAAUUCCCCCUGUUUUCGGACGUGCAAACCAGACUCGACAUCCUUCUACAGCGUCUCUUGGCUCUUUGCAUGAAGGUCAAUCUGGGCAUUCACAUACGUCCGCCGAGAGUGAGAGUCGAAUACCUCUGGAACAAAUCGUGUCGGCAUAUCGGGUUGAAGAUGGACGACCUUUUUUCACGGCUGAGGUGGUCUAUCUAGAUGAAAAGUACGCUGGAGCGGGAUCCAUUCAGCUUAUGCUCCAUGACCCAGAAGAAGCAGAUCUUUGGCUUUCGUCCAUCCGAGGAGCUGCUCAGAAAGCAAGGCUUCUCCAGAAGGAGCCAUAUUCGCAUCGAGUUAUUCAGUAUCUAGUCAACAUCGUGAGCUCACUUAAUGAUUACGAUGUAAACCACUUUCAAGUUUUUCGAGUCGUUCGGAGGCAGACUGCUACUAAAUCAACUCGGUCCUCUUCCGAUGAUUUCCAUAAAGUAGGAUCUUCGGUUUACUACAUGGUCAUCGGUCUUCACUCUCUCCAUAUGAUACCAGUACCGGAUUUCAGUGAUUCAUCUGGGCGGCUUCUUGUUCCUAAGGCAAGAAAAAAGGCAUAUGGGAUUGUGACGCUCUUCUCGAUGACGAUCAACACUAAGGGGGAGGAUGAUAGAUUUGAAUUAGCUUUCCGUAUACCACUUCAAGAAGUUGCAAAAGUAGAACUCGCCGCAUUCGCAAACCCAGAUAUUGUCCUUGCGCUGUAUAGAGCUUGGCAGUAUUUAAAACCAUUAUGGGCUGACCAUACCUUCUUAUAUAACGGACUAGAAGCCCAUUUAAGCAAUGGUGAAGACAUUAUGGAUUAUGAGGGUGAUGAUUGGUUUGAACGAACUCUCGUGGCUUACUGUAUAGCCUAUGGUUGUAAUGCGAGCAACAUCAUAUACGCAAUUGACUUGGAAUGCGAAGACGCCCCUCAAUUCAAGCUGUAUCCGCCGGCAUCUGCAGCCGCGUAUUCUGUCUACGAACUGUUGGCGAUUAUGCGAGCUUUACGAUACAAUGAAGAGUUCCGGUCAAUAUCCUUUAGAGAUGUUAACUUGCAUAGCCUACAUGGUGUUCAUGACCUUAAAACAGAUCACAUGUGUCACAAGACAUGGGAUGGACGUGAUAUCUCUAAAUUCUCCAUCAAUCCCUAUCCACGAUCCCUGCUGUAUCGAGAGGUCCAGGCUUUAGCACUGAAGUCCAAAACUCUACGGAGGAUGGAUUUUGGAAACACCUUACCUCAACGAAGACCCAAAGAUACCUACGAUCUAGAAACUGGCGAUUCGGACAAAGAUCCAGGGUGUGAGGUUAUAGGUGCAAUUUUGGCUCUAUGCAAAGAACAGCUUACCAACGUUACUUGGAUUGUGCUGAAUGGUAUAGAGUUGGGAGAGACUGAUUUGGAAGAAAUGCUUCCCGCUCUCAACAGGAGAAGAUCGGCCGUCAGAGCUAUAGAAUGCUCACGAUGUGGUCUCACUGACCGAGGAAUUGUGCAGUUGUUGAGUCACAUGGAAAAACAAAAUGCCACAAUUGAGUGUGUCAACAUAUCUGAUAAUUCUGGUCGGAUCGACCUUGAUCGGUUCUCAGCAUCUAUGACCCGUUUUUCAAGGAUCCGGAGACUGGAUAUCUCAAGGAUCACUCGAACAUCCGGAGAUAAACCUCUUAUUGCGGCCGAAGUCUUGCUGUCCUGGAAGCUGGAAGAGCUAACCAUGAAUGGGGUACCUGUCAAUGAUGAAACCCUCGAUGCAAUCGCAUCCUAUCUGAAAAGUCCCAUGUCAGAUGGACUGCGGAUUUUGCAGAUGGAUCAAUGCAAUUUGAAUGGUUCGCAAGUCGCUAUUCUAAUGAGAGCAAUGACAAGAGUUCCUGGAGAAGCCCGUGAAUUACAGCUUCACGUAAGCGCUAACAGGUUUGAGAGGGGUGUAGGCGAUAUUGCCGCAGCUAUUAAGGAUAAUUGUACCCCGUCGACUUUUGUUGCACGUAUGAUUGAAUUCGAGAAAGAGGAUCAUUUCAGGGAGCUACUAGUGGCUCUUCGGACAAACAAAACUAUCCGGAAUCUGGAUAUCUCGAAAGCAUCGCUCCCAUAUGACGCUAAUCCUGAGACGUGUGACGCUCUUAGGUUAGUGUUUGCCGAAAACACGACGUUGCAAGAUCUGGAUAUCUCAGGCGAACAGGCGCACUUGGAAGUAACUCGGUUUGGAAUUGGUUUGAAUCUUGCUCUCACAGGUCUCAAAGAGAACACAACUUUGAAAGUAUUACGGAUCGAAUAUCAAAACCUGGGCUUGGAAGGAGCGAAUACCCUUGCUUCGGUGCUAGAAACAAAUACGGGUCUGGUCAACAUUCAUUGCGAGCACAACGAUAUCAACCUUCAAGGCUUCACUACUCUGGUAAAUGCUCUUGCCAAGAACUACACUGUUCUAGAGCUACCAUCCAUGCAAGAUGAUCAAUCUGCGUCCAUGAAGCGAUUGAGUGUCAGCUUGAGGGAAACUCGAAAUACCCCCCAUUCCUUGACGCGCGAGAAACAAGUAAAGAAUUCUAUGGGCCGCACAUUGACUAAACUCGGGGUGUCAUCGAAGACUAAGCCGCCACGGCCAGAUAUGACACCUCAGGAUCUCGAAUCCGUCGUUCGAGUCCUCGGAGAGCGAUGGGUCACCGAGAUACAACGAAUGUUGAUGUUCCUAAAUCGAAACAACCGGAUAGCGUCUGGGGAAGACAGCAUCGAUGAUCAAAAAUCUCUGGACGAGUAUCACUUGCGGCCUACAACAGCUCUGAGUGAUGGGGGGAUCUUGGAGCAAGUUAUGAACAACACAACGCCGAAAGCAGACCUGCCAAAUCCUGUGGACGAGCAUGUCAUCAGUAAAAUGGGUGGCUUGAGCGUUACAGACGCCGAAGUGACGAAAGGCGAGCUGGAUUCGAUUCGAUCGAUCGAGUCGGAGAAUGAUCCUAUGCGAUCUCUUGGAACCGAACUAGGCGAGAAUAGAAGUGAGUCGGACAAGGAGGCUUAUAGGAAGUCGAUCGAGGCCGGAAAUCUCCCGCCUUUGCCCAGUAUCACUCUCGGGGGUAGGAUGUUUGAGCUAGACGGGCCGGACCUCUUUAAUAUGGAGGACUGA